AUGUCCUCUCAGGAUGGAGGCGCGGACAUUGGAGAGCUCUCCUCCACUCAACAGGAAGCUCUUCAGACGUACAUGAAUGUCACGGGCCAGGAACCAGACGCUGCAAUCCCACUACUGCAACGAUCACAAUGGAAUAUUGCAAUCUCCAAAUUCUUCGACGGCGAAGGCCCCGAUCCCGUCGAAGAAGCCCGUGCUGCUCUGAACGCACCACAAGACAUCCGCCGAACUCAAAACCUCAUGUACGACAUUGACGAGCUGCCUCCGCGUGCCUCUUUUUCCGCAUCGUCAUCGUCAUCAUCUCGACCCGCCGGACUCGAGCCUGCUCCUCGCAUCGAAACGCAACCGGAGGAUCAACCGGCAUUUCGACCCCCGUUUAUCCUCAGCCUUCUUUUCUCUCCUCUCAAUCUUAUAUAUCGUCUACUAUACAACUCGUUCCGGCUCUUUGGGACGUUGUUCCCUUUCCUGCCGCGAUGGCUGAAUGUUACAACGGGUUCGUCUCCUUUACAACGAAAUCUAAAUACGAGUGGUCGACGAGCAUUGGCACCCAAGGAUACCGCGGCCAGAUUCAUACGUGAGUUCGAGGAAGAAUACGGCAGCCAUUCUCUCCCUUUUCUCGAGAAUGGAUACAACAUGGCCUUGGAAAAGGCGCAACAAGAACUAAAGUUCCUCAUUGUUGUCUUACUGUCACCUGAACACGACGGCACGAGCGACUGGGUCAAAGAGACUUUAUUAUCAAGACAAGUUGUCGAAUAUAUCAACGAUCCAAAUAACCAGAUCCUCUUAUGGGGCGGAAACGUGCAAGAUUCAGAGGCAUACCAAGUAGCCAAUUCCCUGCGCUGUACCAAGUUCCCUUUUGCCUCUGUGAUUGUGCAUACGCCCAACGUUGGGACAACAGCUAUGUCCAACAUCGGCCGAAUACCAGGAAACACCAGCGCCUCGGAAUUUCUAACGAAACUGCGCACAGCAAUCUCACAAAACAAAGAACCCCUCGACCGGGUCCGGGCUCGUCGUACAGAACAACAAGCCUCCCGCACCUUGCGUCAAGAGCAGGAUUCAGCGUACGAGCGCUCGCUAGCUCAGGACCGGGAACGAGCGCGCCAACGACGCGAAGCAGAAGCCGAACGACAGCGCGCCGAGGCGGAAGAGGCAGCCCGUGCCGCAGCAGAACAGAAACGAGCCGCUGAUCUGAAGCAAUGGAAAAACUGGCGUGCACAGAACCUUGCCCCGGAACCUGAAGCUCAAGACGCAAUCCGCGUCAGCAUCCGGCUCCCUUCCGGCGAGCGCGUAAUUCGCAAGUUUGCACCAGAUGCGGAUCUGGAGGAGGUAUACGCCUUUGUAGAAUGCUACGAAGUACUGACCGCCGCUGAGGACGAAGAGGAGCAGGAAUCUGAGAAACUUGCUACCGAACCAGUCGGCUUUGAGCAUAAGUACGGCUUCCGAUUAGUCUCCCCCAUGCCCCGGACAGUCUACGAAGUUGAAGCUGGUGGCUCGGUGCGAGAACGGAUUGGUCGCGGUGGGAAUCUGUUAGUUGAGAUGAUUGAAAAUGAUGACGAGGAUUCAGAUGAAGAAGAAGAGGGAAACGUGAAUGAUAAUGAAAGUUUAUAG